UCCUUUUGCAAGCUUUUUUUUGGCACUCUCGCAGCCAACUCUGGGAGGGUUUCCCGGACAGAGGUCGUCGUGGCAGUUGCCUUAAGACGUGCAGCCCAGGCCACAGCCACUAGUGCUCUCUGACCCAGGUCCACUGCAGGCGGCAGCAGCAGCCCCAGCCGGUGCAGCAGCAUGGAGCUUUGGGGGCCCUACUUGCUCCUCUGCCUCUUCUCCCUCCUGACCCAGGUCACUGCCGAGACACCUACCUCCAAGGUCAAGAAGGCUGCAAAUGUUAAGAAAGAUGCCGUGAGCCCGAAGAUGCUUGAGGAGCUCAAGGCCCAGCUGGACAGCCUGGCCCAGGAGGUGGCCCUGUUGAAAGAGCAGCAGGCCCUGCAGACGGUCUGCCUGAAGGGUACCAAGGUGCACAUGAAGUGCUUUCUGGCCUUCGUCCAGGCGAAGACCUUCCACGAGGCGAGCGAGGACUGCAUCUCGCGAGGGGGCACCCUGGGCACCCCGCAUACGGGCUCCGAGAACGACGCCCUGUACGAGUACCUGAGCCAGAGUGUGGGCAGCGAGGCCGAGGUCUGGCUGGGCUUCAACGACAUGGCGGCCGAAGGCACCUGGGUGGACAUGACUGGCGGCCAUAUCACCUACAAGAACUGGGAGACAGAGAUCACCGCCCAGCCCGACGGCGGCAAGGUCGAGAACUGCGCUGCUCUGGCCGGUGCGGCCAACGGCAAGUGGUUCGACAAGCGCUGCCGGGACAACUUGCCCUACGUCUGCCAGUUCGCCAUCGUCUAGCGGGCCGAGAGGGGCGAGGGCGGGGGCAGAGUCCGGGGGCGGGGCCAGGGGAGGGUGGGAUCGUGAGCCCCGGAAGAGGGGCCGUGGGACCUUCCCGCCCCGCAUCCCUACCCCCGCGCGCUGGGGGCCUCCUCUUGCAAAUAAAGUGGGUGCAGCUUGGCA